CAACACACACGCAACAAAGCUCUGAAAAAUGUCCGCGCUGGCCAACGGAGGACAGGCGGAGGAUCUGAAGAUCCUGGGCCAGUUGAAGAGCAUCGAGCAGAUCAACGAGCAGCGCCGCCUCUUUCUGAGCAGCACGAUCAACGAGGAGGCGUCGGAAGGCCCAAAUGGUGAGAGCAGCCCGGAGGAGAGCCUGGAGAAGGGUCUAAAGCAACUGGAGGCGGGCGAAGUGCCCGAGGAGGUGGCCCCGGCGACGCAGCAGCAGGAAAAGUCGCCCGAGCAGGCGGAGCAGCCGAAGCCCCAGCCCCCAAGCACGCUCACCCUAAACGUGAAGUACGCCACGCUGCCGAGUCCGAGUGUGGUGGCCUUGCGAUCGCCGCUCUCGCCGCCCCCCAAGCCGCCCAUGCUGGGCCGCACCCGAAGCAUAGGCUCCGGCGACGGCAAGAGUCCCGUGGGCAACGGCGCACCCAGGCCCGACGGCCCCCUGAUCCGACAGAGCUUCCCCGAGGGCGUGAUCCUGGCUGCACCGAGCGCCCCGACCGCGCCGCCAGUUACCGCGGCCGAAGAAGCGCCGGCCACUGUGUCUGCCCGCCACUACGAGGGACUCAUCGAAGAGCUGCGCUGCCCCGGCUGCGCUGGCGCCAUGAAGGCGCCCAUCCUGCUCUGCAAGAGCGGGCACAGCGUCUGCGAGCAGUGCACCCGCAUCCUGCUCAUGUGCCCACUGUGCAAGGAGGCCUUCACCUCCUCCCGAUCGCUGACUGUGGAGGCGCUCUGCGCGAAGGCGCACUUCCGGUGCGGCCACGCCGCCGGCGGGUGCCAGGUGCGGAUGCCGGUGGUCCUGCUGCCGUGGCACGAGCAGCAGUGCAUGUACAAGCCGAUGAAGUGCUUCAUGGGGCGCGUGUGGGGCGACUGCCGCUGGCAGGGCCGCGAGGUGCAGUGGAAGGAGCACCUGGAAGAGCAGCACGCGGACCGUCUGUUCCGCGCCAGCAGCGCGCACCUCGAGUGGAACCUGGGCACGCGUCGGAAGCCGCUCACCGGCUACUACGUCUUCCAGGCGCACGACGAGAUGUUCAACUUCUACGAGAUACACGACCACCAGCGCAUCCUGUUCACCAUGACCUGCACCUCGAACCGGCGGGACAGCAAAUACAACUACGCCUUUGAGGUGGCCAUGCUCCAGCCGGACAACGAGGCGAUGUCCAUGACCCAGAAGUUCCCCGUGCACAGCGAGUACGACAAGGACAUCCUGAUGGAGGGCACUUGCGUCAGCAUCCCGCUGGCCGAGCUCAGCCGCUUCCUGGACCCCGAUAAGGUUCUUCACUAUCGCGUGAGUGUGGUGGCGGUCAAGUCGCCGCGCCGCGCGAAACCUCCCCGCCAGAGUCUGCCUCAGCCUGCGGACCUCGAGCAGACCGCCAAUGGCGGGGGCAACGGCAAGAGCGUGCCGACCAGCAUGAUAAUCACGCGCACAUACAAGGAGGCCAUCGGCGAGGCAGCCGCGGAUAGCAGGGCCGAGGCAGCCGCUCCGGACUCGGAGGAGGACGCGGCUGCCGGCGGCGGUGGGGCUGAUGGGAGCGGAGCGCCGGAACUCGUGCGGAAGUGGGGCACGCCGCAACUGCACUUCAACCGGAAGUAUCUGCGAAACACGCUGAACGACUCCUCGCCUCUGGAGGACGAGCUACGUCCUCUGGCCGCGGAUCUGCGAAACGGACACGGCGACGACAAGCUGUCCCAGUGCAGCAACAGUACGAGCUAUACGAAAAAGGUGUCCGACUCGCUGCGGCGGAGCUUCCGGGCCCUCAAGGCGGACAUUGUGGAGAUGCGGCCGUUCAGCCGGAAGGCGGGCAAGUCGGGAUCCUCCUCUCCGACCUCUCCGAUCUCUCCGGCCCAGACCAAUGGCAACUAGUGGAUCCACGGGUGUUUUUCCUUUGUAUUUCCUAUUACUCCUUAAAAUGUUCUAAAACUUGAAGCAUGUAAAUACAUAUAUAUUGUUUUUAAUCCA